AUGGAGAUCCUCGAGAGAAAUAUCAAAGUAGCACUGGUCGGUGAUGCGCGUGUUGGCAAGACGAACUGGUGCAACAAGGGGAUAGCUGGUGAGGAUACAGAUGAAUAUAUUCCAACAAUUAAUUACCAAAGUCGUGAGCGUAGAUUUUGUUCUACGAUUGGUCUUUGUACCUUUGAUUUCUGGGAUAUCUCCGGAUCGUAUAGUACACCCCAAGAUAGGGCAAAAUGGAUCGAAGAUAGCGAUGCCGCUAUUAUUAUGGUAGAUCUCGCUAACCAGGAGAGUAUCAAUAAUACAAUCUUAUGGUAUCGAGAAAUUAUAUCAUCCCAGCAAUACUCCGAUAACCUGAAACAUUUUCCGGUCAUGGUAUUUACCUAUAAGGCAUAUAAAGAUGAUGCCAAAUACAAGAUAAAGCCGACAGAGAUCUCUUGGCCCGAGGAAAUGCGGUCUACGCCAUUUCACUACAAUGAAUAUCGGGAUACGACUAAUUGGGAGACGGAUCAGACUCAUUAUUCUGCGAUGCUUCUAGCGGAUGUAUCUACGAUAAGACCUUUAGGAUGGAUCUUGGAGCAACUAACCGGUCAACCCGAAAUAGGUUUCAUCGCCCAUUACCCUCCUGGACCUGACAAUGCGUAUUGGGAUGCACCUUCUCCCGGUACACUCGAGAAAUGGAAGAGAGAAAUGGAUGAGGCGUAUAAACUGCCUAUGCCAGAAGAAAGUGACGUGGAGUUGUGA